AACAUUUGGCUCUCCCGUCUGUCUCCCCUGUGCAGGAGGCCAGCCCAGGAUGAAUGGUGAUUCAGGUGCCGGGGUUGUUACGGCCCCCCCUCCCACUACAGCUCCCCACAAGGAGCGCUACUUUGACCGCGUGGAUGAAAGCAGCCCGGAGUACCAAAGAGAAAGGAACAUGGCGCCCGACCUCAGGCAGGACUUUAACAUGAUGGAGCAGAAGAAGAGGGUCUCAAUGAUACUACAAAGCCCGGCCUUUUGUGAGGAGUUGGAGACAAUGAUCCAGGAUCAGUUGAAGAAAGGGAAGACCCCCACCAGCCUCCUGGCUCUGCAGCAGAUCGCAGACUUCAUGACCACCAGUAUGCCUUCCAUGUAUCCUGCUGCACCACAGGGAGGCAUGGCAGCACUCAACAUGAGUAAGCAGACAAAAAUGAUUGUGUUUGUGUGUCUGACCUUCUGACCCCAACUCUGCUAUG